CAGAGGCCGGAUGGGGGGCUUGUAAUUGUGAUGGAAAGAGGAAAUCAAAAGCAAGGGAAAGCAGCAAGGGAUCGCGGCUUCCUCCACUCCUUACUCCUUAGCUCAGCGUAUCGGAAAAGGAACGCAGCGGAAACAAUCGGCGGAGAAAGAUCCGGACUCCCUAUAUAUGUAUUUAUGUCCGCCUCUGCUUAGGGCGAUUCCAACACCACAAGGAAGAGAUGGAGAAAGAAAAUCACAGACCAAGCCCUUAAGUUCUUUGCGAUUUGCCAUUGAUUUUGAAGGUUUUUUUUUUCUCUUUUUUGGACUGCGACUCUUCUAUUUCAGUUUUCUUCUCUGAUUUUGGACUGCAACUUUUGGAGGAUUGAGAGAGAAGGAGAUCUGGGUAUCGGCAAAUUGAUUUAGUUUAUUUUCUUGUUAAUAGAUCGGUUCGGUUUUCAACAAACAGGUGAUCGAAAGCCCUAGUUCUUGAUUCUUUUGAUUUUUUUGCUUUUAAACUUUAGACCGUAGCCAUCUGGGUUUUGAAUACUCUGCGCAUCUUCGCUUCGUCAAUGGCAAUGAUCUGUUGCGUUGUGACUUUAGGAGGAACGGAAGUGUUUUGUUGAGUUAGUUAUGGUUGAAGAUUUCAAGUGAUUAUGAUUUUCCUUCUCUGCUGAUGGACGAUACCGGCUGUUUUGGUGAAACUGGUGGAGUUAUUGCUUGUUAUGGACUGCAUUUUAAUUUGUAGCCAUAUAGAUCGUUCUUUUUCAAGCCAUAUUUGAUAAGAUUUAUAUGAUUCAUGUCCUAUUAUCCCCUGUUUGUCUUCAGCCUUCUGGCAAUUCGUGAUCUAAAUUCAUGAAGGUGCUCAUACCUUGUUUCUGAAGUAGCUAUCAUCCCCCUUAUGGCUUUAAAUGCUAGGCUUGGCCAUUUAUGAUGUCAAAUAUCGAUUCAUUGCUUGUGCGUUGGGGGUUACAUUCUACUAUUUCUGUUCCAAAGGCAAUUACACCUAUUUCCAGUGGCAUUAGUGUUGAUCUGAUGUUAAAUGUCUCACAGUUUAGGUAGUGUGAGCACCUACUGUUUUAUGGAGCUUCUGGAAUUUUUUAAAACUCCACAUAUAACUUGCCACAAAUAUAUCUCUCAAUUAUUGGUGGGCAAAGGUGGAAGUAGGCUUAAAUUGAAAGGAUAUUAAGUUUUCUGUUUGUAUACAUGUAUGAUACUGCUACUAUAGUACAUUUUCAUAAAUUGCAUUGAGAUACUGAUGAAAAAUGCUUGUUAUAACCAUGUCAGGGAUGCUGGGUUUUGCAAUUACUUUUAGGAUUUUGUUCACUAGUAAUUCGCUUCUUCUCUUGCAUUGCAGGGUGAGCCUCUACCAUUGGAAUAAUUGGAAAUCUAGAGCAAUGGCUUCCUGCAAAACUUAUGGUCAGAAGCCUUUGGUUAAUGAUAGAGGAUUAUCAUUGGGUAGUAUGCAUGGUGUUGUAGGUUUGAAAUUCUCUAGCCUUAUCAACUCUGAUUUGACUUGGAAGAAGGCUGCAAAAGGCAACAGGACUUCGUCAAGGCGAGCUAGGAACUCGGUUUCUAGAAGCUGGAAUUCUGGUGAGGAUCUGAUAAAAAUGGAUUCCAACACUGUGGACAUGUCAUUUUCAGAAUCUGAGAAGCUUGGAGUAAGUGUUCUUGGGUGCCGCUUCAGUGAGAAUGCAGACCAUGUGCCUAUAAAGAAAAGGAAAUUAAAGUUCAAAUCACCUUCUCUGUCAUUUAUAGCCCCAUCUCAGCAUCUGGAGGAAAAUGAAAGGCUUCUAAGAAGUCAACCUGGAGUAGUUGAUUAUGCUGCUUCUGCAAGUGAUUUGGGCCAAACUGUUGAUAUUGAGCUUGAUGACAAGGAGAAGAACUUAGAGAAGGAAAAUAAGCAACUGAAUGAAAUGGAAGACUUCUCAGGCAUCUUCAUACUUGCAGCUGCUGCUUGCCGUGAUAGUUUUGGAGAAGUUAAUGAGGAGGGUUCUGAAGUUGAAGUAUCUUAUGUGCGUGAAGGUUCCUUGAUGAAAAAUCAACUGCAUCCUCUGCCAGAGAGGAAUUUUAAAGAUGACCUUAGUUCUGCCAAAGUUUCAAGUCAAGAAACUGGUUUCUCUAUUUCUAUGGUACAUUCAGAAAAGUUACCUUCCUCAUUAAGAAUGUACGAAGCUUCUACAGAUGAUAUCUUGCAGGCAAAUAAUGUUCAAAAUAAGUCUAUGGGGGACUGUUCUAUGGCAGUAGUAAAGGAUCACUUAACCAAGAACUUUGAGGAGACAGAUGGUGUGUGUGGGUUUUCUUCACAAGAUGAUCGUUCAUUUUGGGAUUUGAAUACUUCAAUGGAUGCAUGGUCAUGCCCUGUUGAUGAUCAAUGUGCAGAAUCUAAUAGUUUAGAUGGCAUCAUUGAAGAUGUGAAGGGUGAUAACUGUAGUAACAUCAUCGGGAGCUCAGAAAGUGGGAGCAUGACAAGGGGAAUUGGAGGUAUUAGAUGUCAUACUGAGAUGGAAUUGCCACCAGCUGAUCCUGGAGGGAUGGUUCAUGAGGAAAAGUUUGUUGAUGGGAUUAGUUGCUGUGGAGAGAAAUUGUCCUCUUCUGUUUCAGUUGAUAGUGUUACUGUAUCUGUUGACAGGAAUAAAAGUGCUUCAGCCCAAUGUUUAACGUUCAGCCCUACUAGUAACAGCAAAUGCUUAUCUGCACAUCAAAUUGCAGAGUUGAAUUCAAGUGAACAUAACCCCCAACCCUCUAAGACCAUCCCAUCUCUGAGCACUUCUAUUUCCAAGGCAAUUUGUGAUGCAGGUUCCUCUGAUGGUACUUCUGUAAAGAAUGAAGGUGGUUGUGGGUCUAUUGCAUGUGAAACUGUUUCCUCUGGUUUGCAGGUUGAGGAGGUGGACCUUGCUCCUUCUGUUACUUCUUCUGUUAAUACCAUCUGCAAGACUGAUGUUUUAAAUGAAGAUUCUAAGUGUGCCAAAGAGAAUUCUCUUUCUCAAUUCAAUGAUGUUGAAUUUCUCCCAUCUUCUUGUAUAGAUGUUGAGAUCCAGACCUUAAAUGGCAAUGUUUUUGAACAUGAUGAAACUGAUAAGAUAGAGUAUAAGGAAGUUGAGGAACUUGUUACAAAGUCUUCAGAAAUGUCUACAGCAUUGUCACACAUUCCCUCUGAUGCAUAUCAAAAAAGCUCAAAGGAUAUUGUAAAUAGUUUUGAUAAUAUGGCUGUAGAAGAACCUUCCGACAAUGGUUAUAAUUCUGAGUCUUCUCAUGACGCUCAUGCUUGCAUGAAAGCAAGUAGGUGUGAGGUGGACUAUGAUUCUCAGUAUGAAGAUGGAGAAGUGAGGGAAUCUAUGGAGCAUACUUGGCAAGAACAUAAUGGUGAGCAUAUAGAAGCCACACAACCAGAUUAUAGUUCUGACAAUGAGAAUUCGGGUUCUGCUGCUGAAAAAAUCAUGACAAAUACACAUCGAAUGGAUUUCAAAUCUUGUUUGAGUAAGUUGAGAGGAAAAGAUGUGAUCAAUGUGGUUAAAACGGGUUGUAACAAUUACAGCAAAUUUAGUAUUGGUGACAAGGAGAUUACAGAUGACAGGACUUAUACCAGGAAGGAGGAUAGCAGGAUUCGGGCUAGAAAUGAUAAUGUCUGGAAAAAUGAUCACACUGAUGGUGCAGUUGGACCAGAUGCUGUUGAUCAGACUAGGGUGGCAGAGUCAAGAAAAUUCAGAAGGGAGUUUUGUUCUCACAUAGAGGAGCGAGCAUUCAGUGACAUACACUUUAGAAGGGACAGGGGUAGAUAUGGUCAGGAUCCUCAUGCGAGAAGUCGAGGAGAUGAUCGUUCGACUGAUCCUCGAGCCAGCAGUAGGGGCUUAAAGCACCACCGUUCAACUGAGUACCGCGUUCCUGCCUCUUUCCAUCACCGUGGGCGAACAAAAGGCUUGCAUCAUCGUGUCACAAGAAGCAGGUCACCAGAUGCUAGAGAUGAGGUUCUUGGUAGGCAUCAGCAUAUUAGAUCGUCUAGGAACCUUAGUCCUGGUUGGCAUGUAACUCUUGGAAAGGGCACGUCUAUGAGAUAUGGUCUGCAAGUUGAAGCCAGAGGCCCCAGGCGUAGGUACCAUCGUUCUGAAGUUGAUGAGUGCUGCCAUUCUUCCAUUGCACAUAGACAUCCUUUUGCCAAGAGAGAGAGAAGUUUUUCUCCAGUUAAAAGAAGGGAUCCUCAAGUACCUCAAUCUCACUCAAAAUCUUCUUCAAGAUCUAGAAGUCAAUCUUCGAGCUCCAUGAAUCCAUGCAUUAGAUCCAGAAGUAAAUCCCCCAAUUUUGGAUCUGCUGUCAGAAUGCAAAGGGUGAGAUCAUCUGAUCGGAGGCCUGGUCUGUCAGUUGAUCAUAUGAGAGGAUUUAGAACAGCAAGAAGAGAUCAUUGUUCCCCACAUCGGAAUACCAGAUGGGCUGUUGAUGGGAAGGAUAGUGUUUUUCAUUUUAGGGAGCAGAGUUAUAAUACACAUUCUUCAUUAGGCCGGAGAUCAAUGGGAAAAUUUGCCCAACAGGAUGACAGGUUUGUUUUUGCUGACUCGUCACGAAGCUUCAGGUCUGUGCACCCAAGAAGAUUCAUGGAGAUGAGUGGACCUGGUGGAAGAAGUUUAAGGUAUGAAGAGAGUGAUGAUGAUAGGGGCAAGCGUCGUUAUAGAUCUGGGCUAGCUCAUUCUGCAAAGCAAAAUGACAUGGAGGGACCAGUGAAGCGCUUCCGUUAUAAUGUCGCAGACAGUUAUGUCUCUCGUUAUAGGAACGCUCCAGAUUUCUUUGGCAAAGAUACUCCCAAGUGCCAUGGCAGGAUCAUCGAUAGCCAAAUUGGUGAUAUACCAGGGAAGUUCAAGGAAGAUAGAGUGCCAUUUACAUAUCAAAGAGAAGCGAAGUAUGAUGUUGAUUCCAAGUCAUCUGGGGUGCAAGAAGGUGAGGAUGAGAUGGCUUGAAGGUGAUGAUCUUCGUGACCUGUGCCUCCACUUCUUUCGUAGUGAGCUUGGUCUACUGUGGGCAAACCAGUAGGUAGAUGGGGUAUACAUUAAAUGAAGUAACCUUUUGCAUUUUCAGUGAAAAAUUAUUUAGAUCCUUACAUCUCUCAUCGCGAGCUUUCUUUUUUCUAUACAAGUUCUAAAUUAUUUUCCUUUUACGAAUUUUUCUAAGGGCUUAUUAUUUUUCCCUUUUUAUUUAUUAAUUCUCUUGUAGCCGAUUUUGGGUGACAGGCCAAUGAGUUUUGUCAAAUCAAUGAAAUGUCAAUAUAUUUUUACCA